AUGCUCGACCAAACCGACAACGCAUCGUCUCCGUCCAACGCCGAUAUUAUGGCGGCCCUAGAGCACGUAGUUGGGCGGCUGCACAGUCUUGAGGCAGCCGUCAACGAACUGCUGAAGCGGUCAGAGCCGCGAUCCUCUUGCAUUUUCUGCCCUGUGGCAGAUAACCGCGACGGACACAAUACGACGCGGUGCAACCGAUUCCCCGAAGCGGUUGCGAAGCUGGUCUUUGUGGUCGUUGCUUCAAACCUGCACAUGAAGACGACGACUGUGGAGUGCAGUGCGCAGCAUCUGGAAGACCACCCAAUGUGCUACUGUGCGCCUACCGAGGACAAGGCGGCGGUUUCAAACGACGACCAUGAGGACGAUGGGCAACGCGCUGACACUUUGAAGAAAGAAAAAUAA